AUGGUGGAAUCGGCCAAAGAUGUCAAGGAAGCUAUCAGGAUUUUUUUCAACUUGAAGUUCAUUGAAAACGACUCUGCCAGACCUAUUUUGGAAGGUAUCCAGUUUAAAUCUCUCAAUCAGGAAAAUUCUUUGUAUUUGGAGGUUCCAUUUACAAAUGAAGAAAUCAAAGAAGCAGUUUGGAGUUGUGAUGGUUCCAAGAGCCCGGGCCCUGACGGUUACAACUUUGUAUUUAUAAGGAAGUGUUGGAAGUUUAUGAAGAAAAAUAUCAUUAACUUUGUUAAAGAUUUUCAUAGUAAGAUGAUUCUAUCUAAGCCUAUUACAUCAUCGUUUCUUACUUUAAUUCCAAAGAUUCCCCCACCCUAUUAA